AUGAAUAACAGUAUUAUUUAUAUACUUCGAAUAUUAUUUGGAAUAUUAGUUCUAGUAAUAGUCAACAAUCAUCUCAAUAGUUUUGGAUUCGGACAAACUCAAAUUCCUACAGCUUUAAUUAUUAGUGAUCCAAAAAUUUUAAACAUCAAGACAAAGAUUGUUGAUUUUACAUUUUCAGUGCCAAGCGAGAAUGGCAUGGUAUUUUGUAACAUUUCUUUAAAUAAUACAAUGACCUACACCGAAGUUAGGUUUAGUGACGUGACAAAUCGAUUAAUUUCAAUUAAUCUACCAUCUGGGACAACAACAAAUGUUGGGCUAGUUGCUUAUGAUUUUUAUGGUGUUUCCAACACUUUAUAUUUCAAAGUGACAACCUAUCCAGUCAUCUCGAAUCUCACAAAGCAGGUUCUUCAAGCAUACGACCUUUCAACCAACGAUCCCAAUGAUUGGACAAUGUAUAACGGCAGUAUCAUCUAUUACAUGCCAGAUUUUGUCACUGAUCCUCAAAAUUUAUCCUUGAUGGUUAAUAAUGAUGGUACCGAUUUAACCCUUUAUACUCAAAUUACCUUUUAUUAUUUUCCAACUAUAAAUUCAACCAAUUCAACAAGUGAUUAUGAAUCAAUUUAUUUGACAUGGAUUAGUGAUGGUGGAAUGCCAGGUAAUAUUACUUAUCAAGUAUCUGUAUCCAAUCCAAAAUCAUCGAUUCAAGUACCGUUGGUUUGGUGUUCAGGUGCCAAUAUUAAUUCAUGUCUUAUCACUGGAUUGACUUCAAAUACUGAAUAUUCUGUGGAUAUUAAAAUGUCAUCUAUUCAAUUCUUACCAAUCAAUCAAACUAUUUUAGUUUCAACUUUACAACAUCCAAAUAAUUAUACAUGUAUUGAUCGCCAAGGAAUUAAUAAUACAAUUGAAUGUAAUGGAUUUGGUGAAUGUUUGAAUAGAACAUGUCGAUGUGUGAAUAAUAGAGUUGGACUUUAUUGUGGUACUGUAAAACCUGGUGGUGGUGGUGGAAAUGGUGAUGGUGGAAGGGAUUGGGAUAGUCACGUCGAACCAUCACUAAACAACCCAAAAAUAGUCACCAACAAUGCAGAUAUAUUUUAUCAAUUUGUAGUUUCACAAAUUAGAGAACUCGAUGUUGACCAAAAUAUUAUCAAGUCAUUGGAUUUAACAACUCUCAACUGGGAAAUGACAAAUCAAACCAAUCAACCAACCAACAUAUCACCUUUAAUUUUACUUAAUAAUUGGAUAUAUUCAACAAAUAGUGAUGGUUCUUUCUACAAUACUAUUAAAAUUACAUUUUCACAAUAUGUACAACAACAAGAAGAGGAGGAUGAUGAAGAAGAAGAGGAAACAACUCCAAAAGACAUUCGAGUUACAUUUGCAGGUCAAUUAUUUUAUUUGGCAGUUGGAUCGAUUAAAUAUACAAUUGAAAUUGAAGGUUGGAGUUUUGAAAAAUCUCAACAACACAUGUCCUACAGUUUUAUUACAACGAUACCAUACUUUAAUCUUAAUGCUGUAUUUGAUCCAGAUCUUCAAUUGAUGAUCAAUGUUGAUACCAUUAACCAAUUUUUGACAACACCAUCAAAAAAAUGGAAGAUUAUUGUUGGUGUAGUCAUUGGUGUUGCUACUUUGAUUUCAAUUUCGAUUGCCACUAUUAUCUAUAAAAUCAAAAUGGAUAAAGAAAAAAAGUACAAGGCUCGUUUACAAUUAAGAACCAUCUGA